CUGGUGGGUAAUGUUCAUCAACACCGCUCGCUGCUUGUUCAAAGGCGCUGGAACGCCGCUUCGUUCAUUCUCCACCGGUAGAUCGCUGCGAGCCAUCAAAAUGGAAAAGGUCGACACCACCGAACGCCUGAAGGCGCUUCGAUCGCUCAUGAGCCAGCACAAGGUAGAUCUCUACAUCGUGCCAUCUGCCGACGCACAUUCCUCCGAAUACAUAGCGCCCACCGAUGCGAGACGGGAAUACAUCUCCGGUUUCUCUGGCUCAGCGGGAACGGCCAUCAUCACACAAACGAAGGCUGCUCUAGCCACAGAUGGACGCUACUUCAACCAAGCCAGCCAGCAGCUCGACGGCAAUUGGGACUUGCUCAAGCAAGGUCUGCAAGAUGUACCAACGUGGCAGGAGUGGACAAUUGAGCAAGCAGACGGCGGCAAGACUGUUGGCGUAGAUCCCACAACGAUUACCGCUACAGAGAGCAGAAAGCUGGCUGAGAAGAUCAAGAAGAAGGGCGGCAAGGAGCUCGUCGCCGUCGCUGAGAACCUCAUCGACAAGGUAUGGGCCAAGGAGAAGCCCGCGCGCCCCAACGAGCCUGUGCGUGUUCUGGGGCUGGAGUACGCUGGCAAAAAGUACCAGGAGAAGAUUGAGGAACUGAGGAAAGAGCUGGACAAGAAAAAAGCUGCCGGCUUUGUUGUCAGCAUGCUCGACGAGGUGGCAUGGCUCUUCAACUUGCGCGGCAAUGACAUCCCAUACAACCCUGUCUUCUUCUCCUAUGCUGUGGUCACACCAACUACAACAACGCUCUACAUCGACGAGAGCAAACUUCCCGAUGACGCGAAAUCCCAUCUGAGCGGAGUCCACAUCAGACCGUACGAGGACAUCUUCUCGGACAUUGCCACGCUUGCUGCAGAGCAGUCCACGGCGGUCAACGGAGGCGAGGAAAGUGCGCCAAAGAAGAAAUUCCUGAUCUCGACUGCAGCGUCCUGGGCGUUACAGCGAUCACUGGGAGGCGAGGAGAACGUCGAUGAGGUGCGAUCACCCAUCGGAGAUGCAAAGGCCAUCAAGAAUGCGACAGAACUUGAAGGCAUGCGGCAAUGCCAUAUUCGUGAUGGCGCAGCACUCAUCGAAUAUUUUGCCUGGCUUGAGCACCAACUCACAGUAGAGAAGGCAGAGGUCGACGAGGUUGCUGCUGCGGACCAGCUAGAGGCGAUUCGCAGCAAGCACGAUAAAUUUGUUGGGCUGUCCUUUGAUACGAUUUCUUCCACGGGACCCAAUGCCGCAAUCAUUCAUUACAAGCCUGAGCCAGGAAGCUGCUCCGUCAUCGAUCCUGCUAAGAUCUACCUCUGCGACUCUGGCGCACAAUACCUCGAUGGCACGACAGAUACGACACGGACACUGCAUUUCGGCACCCCCGACCCGAAGGAAAUCGAGACAUACACACUAGUAUUGAAGGGCAACAUUGGUCUCGAACUUGUGGUCUUUCCUAAAGGUACUUCCGGAUUCGCUCUCGACAUGCUUGCGCGGCAAUUCCUGUGGCAGAAUGGUCUCGAAUACCGUCACGGUACCGGCCAUGGUAUUGGCAGCUUCCUAAACGUGCAUGAAGGUCCGAUUGGCAUUGGCCAACGCAUCCAGUACUCAGAAGUGCCACUAUCUGUCGGCAACGUCAUCUCUGAUGAACCAGGCUACUACGAGGACGGCAACUUCGGCAUUCGGAUCGAGAAUGUGAUCAUGGUGAAAGAAGUCGAGACAAAGUACAAAUUCGGUGACAAGCCAUACUUUGGAUUCGAGCAUGUGACAAUGGUGCCGCUCUGUCGCAAGCUGGUCGAUGUCUCGCUGUUGACGCAGAAGGAGCUGGACUACAUCAACGCCUACCACAAGGAGGUAUGGGAAAAAACGAGUCCCUUCUUCAAGAACGACGAGAAGACGCUCAAGUGGCUAGAGCGGGAAUGUCAGCCAUACUAGAGCUACAACUCUCGCUUUACCUCGCAAGUUCUCCGCCAGAAGAACGUGGCAGCAGAGCGAGACUUUCAGACGUCGAUGCCCCGUCAACGGUGAUCCUCAGAAAGGCAUGAAGUGCCAGAAAGUUGCGUCUGGGCUGCAUAUAGAGACAUCAAGCAUGUCGUUCUUCGGAACAUCUCGCCUGCCAAGCAUUACCGAGGCUCAGCUUCUGAACCCUGCCCGGCCGCAACUUCCACUCUCCCACUCCCACUCUUGACUGAGGCGCCGCGCUUUGCGCGUGUUGAUAUUUCACAACUCAUAGGACUCUCACUUCUCUUCUAGCCAUGAUACAAUAGAGUAGAGACCCGGCACCUUUCCUUACACUCCCAACGAGACAU